ACAACAUGGUGAUACCAGAACUACCAUAUGAUGAUGAUGACCUCUCUACCCUCGAAAGAGGAUUACGUCAGUAUAUGAUUACCAAAAUCGUCAGAGAAGCUGUUCCCCGUCCGAAUAGUGAUGCUAAAAAUGAUGCCAGAAUGAUUGAACUCAAAGAGUAUGCUACUUUCAUGGAAAAGAAAUCGUUUGAGAAAGUACAAACAAAAGAUGAAUACUACGCCGAACUUGCCAGAAUUAUACUUAGCAUGCAGAAACACUUGCAGUCAAGGCCCAAAGGAUCUUAUGAAGAUCCGUACUCGAAUAUUCCUCCAUCCCACGAGCUGGCUGAUUUUUUGGGGUUGUCGGCACAAGAAAGGGACGAGUUUUAUCUUUUGCAUCCACAUAGACUAUUAAAACCAAAUGCAAAGUCGAGAAUAACAAGAAGAAUUCGAAUUCAUGUGAUCGACAAACUCGGGCUCAUGCUCUUCCCUGCCCCAGAUCAAAAUGCGUAUUACGAUGGAAGAAUGGAUAGAAUCAUUAGAAAAUUGCGGAAUCUUGAAGCUGAAGCAUUUCGAGAAUGUAUUGAUUGUGAUGAUUAUUACAACUUGGCUUCUAUCAAAGCUUACAAAUUGCAUAAAACAAUGAAGAAAAAUGGAGAGCAUUAUGUUGACCACGAGGUCAAAUACCCAGCCAUUCACAUUUAUACAUCUGCUAACAGUUUCGAGAGUUUUGCUCUUGCGGAAUCCGGCAUUGUCAUUGAAUAACUUUUUAUAUGCUCAAAUUCACAUCAAUCAAUUUAUAUUUUGCUUGUAAAAAGUCAAUCCGCUUAUGUACAUGCUCUUGUAUUUAAAAAAAACAUCAAUUUUUCACUGUUUUGAAUUUCCAUUUCUCUUGUGAAGUUUCGUAUCUCAGUUUGAGCCUUUUCCUGUGACCGAUUUCUUUUCACAUCCUAUCUCAAAAAUAUUUUAUUUGUAAUCCGAAUAAAAUUUACAACAG